CAGCGAGAGGGGCCGAGACGCUAACGAGGCAGCGGCGGAGGCUGAGCAGCAGGGUCAGGUCAGCGGACCAGGGACCUGGGCGAGUGGCAGCAGCGGCGGCGGCGGCGGCGGCGGCGGCCCGGGGGAAAAGAAUAUUCCUGUGAUAGACUAAACUUUGGUAUUGUGCAAACAGUGUUGGAUUUAGAACGUUUAAGUUCUAACCUUGGUUCUUCCACCGAGCAGUCUUCUCUGUGGACAGAUCACCUGCCUUCUCAGAAUCUGUUUAGUUGUGUGCAAAGUGGAGUACCUACCUCAAGAUUGUUCUGAGAGAAAUAGAUCCCAAAGGAAGACUUCCAUUUGGUAAUUCAAUCAUUGCAAGUGAAAUUAAGAAAUAAUGGAUGUAGAAAAUGAGCAGAUACUGAAUGUACACUCUACAGAUCCUGAUAACUUAAGUGACUCUCUCUUUUCUGGUGAUGAAGAAAAUGCUGGGACUGAGGAUAUAAAGAAUGAGAUAAAUGGAAAUUGGAUUUCAGCAUCCUCCAUUCAUGAAGCUAGAAUUAAUGCUAAGGCAAAAAGGCGACUACGGAAAAACUCUUCCCGGGACUCUGGCAGAGGCGAUUCAGUCAGUGAUAAUGGAAGUGAAGCCAUUAGAAGUGGAGUAACUGUACCAACUAGUCCAAAGGGAAGGUUGCUAGAUAGGCGAUCCAGAUCUGGGAAAGGACGGGGACUACCAAAGAAAGGUGGUGCAGGAGGCAAAGGUGUUUGGGGCACACCUGGGCAGGUAUAUGAUGUGGAGGAGGUGGAUGUGAAAGAUCCUAACUAUGAUGAUGACCAGGAGAACUGUGUUUAUGAAACUGUAGUUUUGCCUUUGGAUGAAGCAGCAUUUGAGAAGACUUUAACACCAAUUAUACAGGAAUAUUUUGAGCAUGGAGAUACUAAUGAAGUUGCAGAACUGCUGAGAGAUUUAAAUCUUGGUGAAAUGAAAAGUGGAGUACCAGUGUUGGCAGUGUCCUUGGCAUUGGAGGGAAAGGCUAGUCAUAGAGAAAUGACAUCCAAGCUUCUUUCUGACCUUUGUGGAACAGUAAUGAGCACAAAUGAUGUAGAAAAAUCAUUUGAUAAAUUGUUGAAAGAUCUACCUGAAUUAGCAUUGGAUACUCCCAGAGCACCACAGUUGGUGGGCCAGUUUAUUGCUAGAGCUGUUGGAGAUGGAAUUUUAUGUAAUACCUAUAUUGAUAGUUACAAAGGAACUGUAGAUUGUGUACAGGCUAGAGCUGCUCUGAACAAGGCUACUGUGCUCCUGAGUAUGUCUAAAAGUGGAAAGCGCAAAGAUAGUGUAUGGGGCUCUGGAGGUGGGCAGAAGCCUGUUAAUCACCUUGUUAAAGAGAUUGAUAUGCUGCUGAAAGAGUAUUUACUCUCUGGAGACAUAGCUGAAGCUGAACAUUGCCUUAAGGAACUGGAAGUACCUCAUUUUCACCAUGAACUUGUAUAUGAAGCCAUUGUAAUGGUUUUGGAGUCAACUGGAGAAAGUACAUUUAAGAUGAUUUUGGAUUUAUUAAAAUCCCUUUGGAAAUCUUCUACCAUUACUGUAGACCAAAUGAAAAGAGGUUAUGAGAGAAUUUAUAAUGAAAUUCCGGACAUUAAUCUGGAUGUCCCAUAUUCUUACUCUGUGCUUGAGCGAUUUGUAGAAGAAUGUUUUCAGGCUGGAAUAAUUUCCAAACAACUCAGAGAUCUUUGUCCUUCAAGGGGCAGAAAACGUUUUGUAAGUGAAGGAGAUGGAGGUCGUCUUAAACCAGAGAGCUACUGAAUAUAAGAACUCUUGCAGUCUUAGAUGUUAUAAAAAUACAUAUAUAUCUGAAUUGUAAGAGUUGUUAGCACAGUCUUUUUUUUUUUUUUUUAAGCACUUGGGUACAAGGCAUUUCUGAAAUUUUAUAGACUUUAAGGGGAAUUUUUAAAGGAAGUGUUUUUCUUUUUUCUUUCUUUCUUUCUAAAUUUCUAUUUUCUUUGUUUUGAUGGUAUAAAGGAGGGACAGAAAAGUAACCACUUCUUAAGUGGAAUAUUCUCAUAAGCUACCUUUUUUAAGUGCCAUGUUUAUGACCUAAUCAUUCCAAGUUUUGCAUUGAUGUCAGACUGCUACUCCUUUCUUUCAAGGACAGUGUUUUUGUAGUAAAAUCACUGGUUUAUACAAAGCUUUAUUUAGGGGGUAAAGUUAAGCUGCUAAAACCCCAUGUUGGCUGCUGCUGUUGAAAUACUGUGCUUUGGGAUUUAAAAAAAAGUUAUUUGUCUCAAAGAAUUUUAAGAAAAUGAGUUAGUCGUGAGAUUUAUUCAUCUUUCCAGGGAACCUAAUGAUUGGUCUUAAAAGACUAGACAGUUAAGUAAAUGGUGGCUGGAACAUCUUAUUUUUCUACAAAACUGGAAAAGUGAACCUGGUUCUAGAAGAAUGUAUGACACAAUAAAACAUAUGAAGCAGUGUUGAUUCUUCAUU